AUGACGUCAAAUAUCGCUGAGUCAAUCAAUGCAGCACUAGUUUUAGCAAGGGAAUUGCCAAUAUAUGACUUCCUCGAAGAAGUUAGGAAGAUGUUUGGUCGUUGGAAUUGUAGUAACCGUAAAGAAGCUACUCAGACAUACAAGACGCUUGGGAAAAAAUACCAGGAAAUGCUGGAGUUGAAUGGGACCAUGUGUACCCGUAUGACUGUGGUACCCUCAACUGAAUACUUACAUACUGUUAACGAUGGUGGGAGGAAUUACACAGUCUGCCUGCUCGAGAGAAAAUGUGUUUGUGGGAGAUUCCAAAUUGAUGAAUUGCCAUGCCCACAUGCCUGGGCUGUAUUGAAGAGCAAGUUUUUAAUGCCUGAAGAAUAUUGCUCUAGCUAUUACAAGCCAAGUACAAUUGUAAUGACAUACGAUGUGCCAGUGUACCCGCUACCGGACAAAAAUGACUGGAAUAUACCAGAGCAUGUUGCAGAGGAGGUUGUACUACCACCCAAAUGGAAAAGACCUCCUGGAAGGCCAAAGAAGAAGCGCGACAAAAAUUUAAGUGAAUUGUUGUUGCCGAAAAAUCAACAUUCAUGUAGCAUAUGUGGGCAGGGAGGACAUAACAAGCGAACUUGUAGGAAUGCUCCACGUGAAUACAACAUGUUGAACAUAGUUGAAUAUAGGUUAAUAAUACAGUUUAAUUCAAUUGACUUUGGAGGAAUACACUGUAAUACAGUUGAAUACAAAUCUGGACAGCUGGUUGAAACAGUUGAAUUUAACUGCCAUUGGAUGAAUACAG